ACUCUGGACUGGACCACAUGCGAUCUCUGAAAAGAAAAGUGACACGGCAGACUGUCGACGUAUGGCUGGUAUCACACGCAACGCCAACCUCAUCAUCGAGUAGUUGCGUAGAGCUUUCUAAUCCAAUCUACGCCGCGGCCGGCAACUCGUCCUCCGGACGAGGUGGUGGCGGUGGUUCGGGAGCCACGACACCGGUACGCAAAAUCUCGGCACACGAGUUCGAACGUGGAGGCCUUCUAAAGCCGAUCGUCAAUACAAUCGAUGGUACGCCAACCUUCUUGAGCGUAUCGAUAAGUGAUGCGUAUCAGCCGGGUGGGCCACAGGUCGGAUCCAGUAAUUCCAACCGCCCGCAAAGACGGUCGCGUCACGAGCUUAGGCACCUCGACGAGAAAGAUCUUAUUUUCGAGCUGGUCAAAGACAUCUGCAAUGAAUUGGAUGUGAGAUCAUUGUGUCACAAGAUUCUGCAGAAUGUGAGCACACUCCUUCACGCCGAUCGCGGCUCGCUGUUCCUUGUUCAGGGUUCCAACAACGAAAAUAAUCUACAGCGUAACGAUCAAUCCUAUUUGAGGAGCAGAUACCUUGUGUCAAAAUUAUUCGAUGUCUGUUCAAGAUCGACAUUGAUGGAGAUGGAAAAGAAAGAUGAAAUUAAAAUUCCCUGGGGUACCGGAAUCGUCGGAUACGUCGCUGAAAGUGGUGAACCCGUCAACAUACCAGAUGCUUACAAGGAUUCGAGGUUUAAUCGCGAAAUUGACGCUUUAACGGGAUACCGCACGCGUGCCUUGCUGUGCAUGCCUAUUAAAGAUUGCAACGGUGAUGUAAUCGGAGUGGCACAGGUGAUUAACAAGCUUGGCGGCGAAGGACAAUUUACUGCGCAAGAUGAAAAGAUUUUCGCUGGUUAUUUACAGUUCUGUGGUAUCGGUUUAAGAAAUGCUCAGCUUUACGAAAAGAGCCAAUUAGAGGUGAAGAGAAAUCAGGUUUUAUUGGAUUUGGCUAGAAUGAUUUUCGAGGAACAAAGUACGAUAGAGCACAUGGUUUUUAGAAUUCUCACUCAUACGCAAUCAUUGAUUCAAUGCCAACGUGUUCAGGUGUUGCUCGUGCACAAAGCUUCAAAGGGAAGUUUCUCGCGCGUUUUUGAUUUCGAAGCGAAUGAUCUCGCUGGCGAGGAUUCUGAUUCUCGCACUAGUCCUUUCGAGAGUAGAUUUCCUAUUAAUGUUGGUAUUACGGGUUAUGUAGCAACUACCGGUGAAACUGUCAAUAUAUUGAAUGCUUACGAAGAUCCGAGAUUCGAUCCACUGGUGGACGAUGGCACUGGUUUUAGGCAUCGAACAAUUCUUUGUAUGGCCAUCAAGAAUUCAUCCGGUCAAAUAAUAGGCGUCAUUCAACUAAUCAAUAAAUUCGACGAUCUCCCUUUUACAAAGAACGAUGAAAAUUUUGUUGAAGCGUUUGCGAUUUUCUGCGGAAUGGGAAUUCAUAAUACGCACAUGUAUGAAAAGGCAGUGAUAGCGAUGGCAAAACAAAGCGUCACUUUAGAAGUACUAAGUUACCAUGCAUCAGCAUCGUUGGAGGACGCGCAAAGAUUGAAGAGUUUAAGAGUCCCGUCAUCAGCGCAUUUUCAAUUGCAUGAUUUCAAAUUUGACGAUAUACAUAUGGAAGAUGGCGACACUGUUACUGCGUGUCUUAGGAUGUUUCUCGAUUUGGACUUUGUUGAACGAUUUCACAUCGAUUAUGACGUACUUUGUCGUUGGUUGUUGAGUGUAAAGAAGAACUAUCGGAACGUUACGUAUCAUAAUUGGCGGCAUGCUUUUAAUGUAGCCCAAAUGAUGUUUGCUAUUUUAACGGCUACGCAAUGGUGGAAAAUCUUUGGUGAAAUUGAAUGUCUUGCGCUCAUCAUUGCCUGUUUGUGUCAUGAUCUCGAUCAUCGUGGAACAAACAAUUCUUUCCAAAUUAAAGCUUCAUCACCGUUGGCACAACUAUAUUCAACUUCGACGAUGGAACAUCAUCACUUUGAUCAAUGUCUGAUGAUUUUGAGCAGCCAGGGCAAUCAAAUCCUAUCAAAUCUUUCACCAGAAGAAUAUUCGCGCGUGGUAAAGGUUCUUGAAGAAGCGAUACUUUCUACUGAUCUGGCAGUUUACUUCAGAAAGCGUGGCGCUUUUUUUAAUUUAGCACGCAAUGGUGGCUAUAACUGGGCAUUUGGUGAUCAUCGAGAGCUUCUACGCGGGAUGCUGAUGACAGUCUGUGAUUUAGCCGCCAUUACAAAACCAUGGGAGGUUGAAAAGAGGGUAGCCGAACUCGUUAGUAGCGAGUUUUUCGAACAGGGCGACAUAGAAAGGCGAACACUCAAUAUUACACCUAUUGACAUUAUGAAUCGAGAGAAAGAGGAUCAACUACCGAUAAUGCAAGUUGGUUUCAUUGAUUCGAUCUGUCUACCAAUCUAUGAGGCGUUCGCCCAUCUGUCGGAUAAACUUGUACCACUCGUUGACGGAGUCAGUAUAAAUAAGCAACAUUGGCUGGAGAUUGCUGAAAGCAUAUGUCAGAUGGAGACCUGCACGAAUCACGAUAGGACACUAUCGACAGUGGCAUCCAACAAUGAGGAGACCAGCGAGCAAGCGGACCAGUAGUCAUUAUGAUGAUGUCAUAGCUAUUAAAAUUCAAUGUAUCAAACACAUCGUCCCCAUUCGUCAAUUGAUCGAAAAAGAGAUGUGGAAUGUAGUUUUUACUAUCCUCACAGACCAUUUUCCGUGAUUCAUUUUCUUUUUCUCAAUUAUCACGGCUUAUGUUCUGCGCGAAUAUGAGUGGAUAAUCUGUUCGUUUUUAUUAGAUUGUGCUUUAAUUUGUUUCUGUCAAUUUCUACAUAUCUACUGAUCAAAUAGACUGUAUAUAACUUCCUUUCUCAUUGUAGUGUAUAUUUUAAUCAAAAUUAUUCUGUAAAUUCGACGUGUAGCAAGUUGAAGAAGCUAAAUAUUAAUGAUCUUGCGAAAUAUGAUGAGAAAGAUCUUUGUUCUCUCUCUCUCUCUCCCUCUCUCUCUCUCUCUCU